AGUCUUCAAUUCGCUGGCGUCGUGAUCGGUUGUGCGUGUUGUGGAUCAGUCAAGUAACUCUGUGCUCGGUUUUUGUGUCUUCUUUCGUUUCGAUACAGCGAACGCUUUUUGCAUCGCGCAUGCUUAAAGCUCUCUCUCUCUCUCUCUUUCUUGCGACAGUUAAAAUACCAGAAAAAAAAACCUGUGCCCAGAGUGUGUUGAACAAAGUGCUACUCAUCUGUAAGCCAAUCAAGUGAUCAAUGCCUAUUAAACGUUGUCAGAUCACUCCUUGAUUAAGUUAAUAUUUUGGCCACGAAAUGUUUCCCAACCAGAACAAUGUUGCCGCUGCCGGCCCCGGUGGUCCGGCGGUCGAUGGCCAACAGAGUCUCAACUACAAUGGGCUGCCGCAGCAGCAGCACAACCAGCAGCAGCAGCAACAAUUGUCACAGACCACGAAGAACGUGCGCAAGAAACCGUACGUGAAGAUCACGGAACAGCCAGCAGGCAAGGCGCUGAGAUUCCGGUACGAGUGCGAGGGCCGCUCCGCAGGCUCCAUACCCGGCGUGAACUCCACGCCGGAGAACAAGACGUACCCAACCAUCGAGAUUGUGGGCUACAAGGGCCGUGCCGUGGUGGUCGUCUCCUGCGUGACCAAGGACACACCCUAUCGUCCCCAUCCACACAAUCUGGUGGGCAAGGAGGGCUGCAAGAAGGGCGUCUGCACGCUGGAGAUCAACAGCGAAACCAUGCGGGCCGUGUUCAGCAAUUUGGGCAUUCAGUGUGUCAAGAAGAAGGACAUUGAGGCGGCCCUCAAGGCACGCGAGGAGAUACGCGUCGAUCCCUUCAAGACGGGUUUCUCGCAUCGUUUCCAGCCCUCGAGCAUCGACCUGAACUCGGUGCGAUUGUGUUUUCAAGUAUUCAUGGAGAGCGAACAGAAGGGCCGCUUCACCUCGCCGCUGCCGCCGGUUGUGUCCGAGCCGAUCUUCGACAAGAAGGCCAUGUCCGAUCUGGUGAUCUGUCGGCUGUGCAGCUGCUCGGCCACGGUGCUGGGCAACACCCAGAUCAUCCUGCUCUGCGAGAAGGUGGCCAAGGAGGACAUUUCGGUGCGCUUCUUCGAGGAGAAGAACGGCCAGAGUGUGUGGGAGGCGUUCGGUGAUUUUCAGCACACGGAUGUGCACAAGCAGACUGCCAUUACCUUUAAGACGCCCCGUUAUCACACGCUGGACAUCACAGAACCAGCCAAGGUCUUCAUUCAGCUGCGUCGCCCGUCGGACGGAGUCACCAGCGAGUCGCUGCCCUUCGAGUACGUGCCAUUGGAUUCAGGUAAACACACGUUCUGGAACCUUCACCGGCACCUCAAGCGGAAGCCGGACGAAGAUCUCUUUCAGCAGAUUCUCACGUUGGAUGCCAAGCGGGAGGCGCCCACGAUCGAGGUCAUUGAUUUGGAUACGCCCAAAUUGGAGUUGCAGUCGCCUCUAGAGGCGGUUGUGGCUGUUCCACAAGAGAUUGUCGUUGAGGAGGUUGAGCCCGCUGCUGUGGCAGAUCAACCGGUAGAUCAAACUCCACAGGAUAUGGAGGCAGCGGAUGCCGAGGCCGAAGCCGAAGCUGCCGAGGCUGAACGUCUGCGCUCGGAGCAGGAGAAGGAAAUCGAUACGAUCAUUGACGAGAAGGUGCGCGAGCUGGAGCAACUGGAGCUGGGCCAGCGGCUCGAGCCGCGGCCUCUGACGGCCAACGACAAGAUCACCGAAUGGAUGAAGUCCAGCGAAAUCGAACAGCAGCCCCACGAGCCGAGUCCCACACAGGUGGAGGGUGAUGUUGAUGCUGAUGUCCUGGACUCGGCCAUCGAGGCGCAGCUGCGGGCCACGGACGAGGACAAGACACUCAACGAGCUGCUCGAGCAGGUGGCCGAGCUGGACGAGAUCUACACGGACUACAAGGUGCAGCGCGACACGUACAACAACACGCUGCAGAACGAGCUGACUGGCGGUGGGCUGGAGCAGCAGUUGGACCGCGCCCAUCCGGCCAUGCAGGUGGAGGAUAGCUUCGACGAUGCCGCCACCUACACGAGCCUGCAGAUCGCCUUCAAGAACCCCGUGCUGAUACCCAUGGAUGACAUGAUGCCGCCCACACCGCCCAUGUCGCAGUGUGCACCGGAGGAUGCCCAUCAGCACUACGAUGCCGUCGAGAUCAACUCGCAGUCACUCACCUCGACCCACAGGCCAGUGCCGCCGAUUCCGGCGGCCGCCGCCAACACACCGCUGCCGGUGCACGUGACCGCGCCGGAGGAGGAGAAGCUGCCGCCGCUGCCACCCAAGCGGAUACGCAAGCAGGACAGCAAUGCGGAGAAUCGUUCCAUCGAGGCCAACACGGUCCAGGCGGACGCGCUGCCGCCCACCAAGCGCCUGCCGCCAGCGCCGACGCCCAAGAACCCCAACUUCAACACCCUGCCCCGCCAGAAGAAGCCCGGCUUCUUCUCGAAGCUCUUCUCGCGGCGCAAGAGCAAGCCCGAUCUGGCCCAGACCCCGGCCGACAGUUGCUCGCACCUCGAGUCGAAGACGAACAGCCGGGAGCCGAGCAUUGGGCACUUUAAUAUGCAGGAUCCGAUGAGAGCCUCGCUGCGAUCCUCGAAGAGUGCGGCAGCCGGGCAGACCAGCAGCAGCAACAGCAACAGCAAGUCCAGUCCGGUGAAGACGGCUGGCGCCAAGAAGCCCCUGAAGCUGGGCAAGCCCGUGGGCCGGAGUGUGAGCAGUGUGUCGUGCAAGCGGCCCGCGUAUCUGAACGCCGAUGUGGUGCACAUACCGCUGAAGGGCGACAGCAACAACAGCCUGCCCCACAACUCGCCCACGGAGGGCUACUCGCAGUCCAGCACCAUUACGAUGGGCGGUGCACUGGACAGGCGCACUGCCUCGGCCCUGCAGCUGGCCGAGAUCCCCAUACUCGAGGGCGGCAUGGAGCUGGUGGCCAUUGCCGACCGCCAGAGUCUGCACAAUCUGGUCAGCUCCAUCGAGGGGCACUUCAAUGUGCAGCUGGAUCCCAAUCUGGACCUGACAGAGGCCGAGCACUUUGCCCUGUACACGAGUGUGCCGCCCCUGGCGGCGGCCAGCGAGUUCGAUGAGACCUCCGCCUACUAUGCGCCCGUCGAUGCCGGCGAGAUUCUCACGCCCGAGCAGGUGGCCAAGCGUCUGGCGGCGGCCAAUGGCCUGAUCUAGG